UUGUUCAGUAUAAAUGAAGGUUUUAUAGGAUCUACUACUGUGACUUUCUAACACUUCUUUUCCCAUCUUUUCUUUCAGAGCUUUCCAUGUGGUUGGCGAUCAGAAGGAUUCACUCGCCCCCGCCUCGGUUCAGCCCAAAUACUCCUUCGCCCCCAGCACCGCUAUCAACAAGAUGGCGCGACCAUUCACGCCGGGCGGCGGUAACACGGUCAUUAAACCAGUGACAUACGCCCCUAAAGUAAACACCCCGGCCUCAGCGCCCCCCGCCAGCAUGCUACAGCCACACAACGGCGUCAAGGCCUCUCUGUCACCUGCUAAGGCCCAGACCCAGACAGCAGACAAACCUGACGCCUCUAAGACUCCAGCUACAGUCACGGCUGGUCCUCUGGUACGUCCUCCGUGGGUGACCGACCCAGGGUUCGCUGACCGUUACGCCCCAGACAAGACCAGUACGGUUCUGACCCAGCACAGACAGCCGGCCCAGCCAACGCCCAUGCAGAACCGCUCCUCUAUCCUACAGGCGGCUCAACAGGCACCGGAGGACAGCGGAAGGACCCCUCUCUGUGGAGCCUGCAACAAGAUCAUUAGGGGCCGGUACCUGGUGGCCCUGGGUCAGUCCUGGCACCCAGAAGAGUUCCAGUGUUCCCAGUGUAAGGUGAUGUUGGAUGAGGGAGGAUUCUUCGAGGAGAAAGGCUCAGUCUUCUGCUCCAAGUGUUACGAUAAUCGCUACGCUCCCAACUGUGCCAAAUGCAAGAAGACGAUCGUAGGGUUGGGAGCGUAG